AGGAGCGUUUGCGGUACACAGCUCUCCUCUCUCACACUCUCCCGGGAUAAAAACCUUUGCUUUGUUCGACUUUUAUCAUCUAGUGUUUUUAGAGCGUUGUCUCUUCACAUAUAGUAUAAAGUCACAACACCGGCUAUCCCCGUCUGAGUUUUUCUUAGACCAUACGAAACGAUCAAACGCUUUUUAACUACCGAUUCGUUAACUACCAACUACCAAGAUGCGUGUGUUUGCCCUCGUUAUGGUCUUCGUUGGUGUGGUGUCGUCAGUCAUCGCUUCGAUUAAUAUGGCGGACGUCAGCUGCGGACGGUCCCAGACACGCGUAGGGAGGAUUAAAAACGGCGACGAUGCUUAUCCAGGAGAAUUCCCUUGGCUGGUGUCCAUCCGCGUGGCUGGGCCUGGAAGCGCGCACUACUGUGGAGGUUCGCUGAUUCACAAGCGUUUCGUGCUCACGGCGGCCCACUGCGUUCAUUCAAACUUACCAAAAUAUUUAGUGGUGGUAGCGGGCGAGCAUGACCUCAGCUCGAAAGGUCAACAGUCAGAACAGGUCCUCGGAGUCAGUGACAUCAUCUCACACUCUAAUUACUCAAAGCGCUACAUCAACGACAUCGCCCUCCUGCAACUGAGCGAAGAUGCUGUAUGGUCCCGCUUUGUCCGACCCGUGUGCCUGCCAGACAAGCAAGUGGACGGACCCAAUGACCCCCUGGAUGGAAAGCCCGUGACAGUGGCCGGGUGGGGCAACACUGAUGAAGUGAAGAAUAAUGGCAAACUCUCAGACAUUCUCCAGAAGGUGACUGUGGAGGUACAGCCCCGUGCCAAGUGUGAAGAUUGGUACCACCAGGAAGUCGGUCGCCCCGUGGCACUCUAUGACACUCACCUGUGCGCCGGACUGGAAGAGGGUGGCAAGGACUCGUGCCAGGGAGACAGUGGCGGCCCCCUGCUCAUCAGCGACAGCCAGGGGCGUUUGGUCAACGUAGGCGUGGUGUCCAACGGCAUUGGCUGUGGGCGUCCGAGGGUGCCUGGUCUCUACACUCGCGUCUCCCGUUACAUCGACUGGAUCUCGGAGAAGAUUAAUGCCUCUGGAGUCGCCUAAAAAUCUUCUUCGUCUUCGUCCUCGUCCUCUUCCAUUUCUUCGUCGUCAUCUUCGUCUGCGUCUUCUUCGUAAUCGCCGUUGUCCUGCUCCGUUUUUCUUCGUCGUCAUCUUCGUCAUCGUCUUUUGUCUUACGUUCUGAUUCCCGUUUUAUUCUAUUUAUUUAUGAAUAUGCUUAUUUAUCACAAAUGAUCUCACUUAGAGUAAUCGAGCUAAUGUGCACAUUUUAAUGGGCAUAACAAUAUAUAUAUAUAUAUAUAUAUGGAUAUAUACAUAUAUAUGUACACAUAUCAGUAAUCUAAUUCGUAUGUGUGUGUGUGUGUGUGUGUGUGUGUGAGUGAGUGAGUGAGUGAGUGAGUGAGUG